CGUCCCAAGAUGAAGACAGCGCUGCUGUUUCUUGUUGCCUUGGCUGUGGCUGCUGGUCCAGCCCAGGCUCUCCGCUGCCACGUGUGCUCCAGCUCCUCCAACUGUAAGAAACCUCAGACCUGCCCAGCCAGCGCGAACUUCUGCAGGACCAUGACCAACGUGGAGACUCUGUCUGGGAACCUGGUGGAGAAGGACUGCGUGGAGUCCUGCACGCCCACGAACAGCAUGCAGGGCCAGGUCAGCAGCGGCACGGCGGCCACCCUGUGCUGCCGAGGCGACCUGUGCAACGAUAAUCUGCAGAGCGCCGCGCCUGCCCGCGCCCUGCUCACCAGCGCCACCCUCGGCCUGGCGCUGGCCCUUUUCCUCCUCAUCAUCUCGGCCCCCAGCCUGUGAUGCCCAGGGCCGAUGGCCCCGCACCUUCGUCUCCCUGUCCUUCUCCCUGCCCAGGAUGGAGGCUCAUACACCCCGGGCUGGGGGCUCCCUCCGAAGGUUAGGGACGGGAGGUCGCGCGGCCUGAAGAUCUGAUCGCUUGGAGCCUCCCCUUCCCUGGCAGGGGAGGACGCACAGCCCUGAGCCCCAGGGAUGCGGGACGGGGGUGGGACAAAAGGAAUUCUGCUCUUUCCUGACUUCAUAUUCAUUCUGCUUGGUUUCCAUUUAUUUUUCUACUCAAACCCCUGC